AUGACUGCAGCACAAAACAUCCCAUUCAUGGAUCAACACGACUAUUCUGUUCGCGGCAGCGCGUCAUCGCAGCGAGUCGACGAGGCAGCGAGCGAGGCCGCCGCGUCGAUCGCCAUGCGUCACUUGCCCGCCGAUCCCGCCACCAUCUUACCUGAGCUCUCGCUUCACGCCGCUCUCCCCUUGUCCCUCGCAGCUGCAACAACUGCCGUGGGCGUCGGCUCGCCGCUGCAGCUAGCGCCGCAAGUGACCUCUCGAGGCGCUCCUCCGCCCCUGGUGCUAGCAUGCGGGCAGGACGAACAGCAGCACCACAGCGCUGCUGGUGCACGGAGCUCGAGUCGCGAGCACGCACAAGAGGCGCCGUUGAUAGGGUUCCCCUCGUCCCUCCUUCACGCCAUGAAAGCUGGGGUGGCGCCCGGGCACAGUGAGAGCAGCCCAGCGGCAGGAGCGGCGAUUGGUUCGAGGGGCGGACGCCAGGGAACGGCAGCAGGCAGGACGAGCGCAGCAAGCGUGCAGUGGGGCAGCGGCCUUGCUCUGUCUCAGCCUGCCCUGCCUCCGGCUCGUGAGAUCAGGUUCUCUCUGCUGGGUGAACGGGAAGCAGGAGAAGAGGAUAGAGGAGCUGGUAUGGGGAGCGGGGCAGCGGGAGAAGCGCGGGGAGGAGGAGGAGGAGAAGGUGGGGGGCAGAAGGAGGGGCUGAAAGGGCUCUUUGGCCUGGGACAGGCGGAGGCCCCUGGGGCGCAAGGCAUGGCGGCGUUGGUAGCCUACCAACGCCGUGAUGACCCCUGCAGCGGCGCCGCUGCACCACUGCACUCCGCCUUCCCUCAACCUUCUGCUGCUGCUGCUGCUCCUGCUGCUGCUCCUGCUUCUGCUGUUGCUGCUGGUGGUGGUGGUGCGACUGGUGCAGGUGAUCUCAGGCGCACGCUGAGGGGGAGUGUGGGAAGCGAGGUGCAGCAGGAGGGCAGCAAUUGCUUGGGAGGGGCAUUCCUGUCCCUUGGGUUCCCUGGCACCAGUGCCGUGAGCAGCAGUAGCAACGAUGGGCUGCCCCGGAUGCUCACUGCCAGUGAACAGGAGGCACAGGAGCAGGAGCGACAACAGGGGCUCCACCACGGGAAGUUGCUGCAACAGUGGCAGCAACAGCAGCAGCAAACACGGCAGCAGCAGCAGCAGCAGCAGCAGCAGCAGCAGCAGUUGCUGGACCCAGGAGGUUUGCCGCCGUGGAGGAACAGUGGAGUGGGGCAAGGCACGGGGGAGGAGAGACAAGGGUCAGUGGGAGGAGGCAGGGACAGUGCAAGGCGAGGCAAUACUAUGCACCAGGGUCCCCAGCACUUCCACGUGAUGGCAAAACAGCAGGAGCCGCUGCUCCCCCCUGCUCUGCAACAAGGCCAGAGAGUGGACGAGGUUGGAGCGAGGGGUCUGUCAGAGCUGUUGCUGCGUGCACGAAGCAGCAGAGAAGUGUCUCCCACUGAUGCUCGCACGCGCGUGGAGGUACGCACGUCCGUCUCCAGAGCGGAGGGGUUACGGGUUGGCCCGCGUGAGGAUGUGUGGCUGGGGUUGGGGGCGGGGCUGGCGCUGCUAGGGGGUGUGGGCGCCAAGGGGGGAGUGGGGGAAGGGAGGGUGGCGGUGGGGGGAGCUGUGGACUCAAGUGCUGGGAUAGCGAUCCGUGGGGCUGGGCGGCCCAGCCCAGGCGAGCUUGCUGCUGCGGCCCUUGCUGCUGGCGCUGUGGGCUCAAGGUAUGGGGAGGGCGGAGAGGUGGGGCAGGAGAGGCACGAGGAGGGCAGGGGCGUGGGGAGUGGGCGAGGAGGUGGCAGGAUAUGGAGUGGGGGGGAGCGGGAGGGCAGUGUGAGUGGGGGGAGCAGUGGGGUGACUGGGAGGGGGGACACGGGGGGGAGUGGGCAGGGAGAAGCAGGGGGAUGGGGCAAAGUGGAUAGCGGCAAAGCAGGCAGGGCGAGCAGCGGAGGGGCGAGCGCGGGGCCUGGGAGAUCCACGGGGGGAGCAGCAGAUGGGGGCUCGGUGGGGGGAGGGAGCAGCGUGCGGGGCGGAGGUGGCAACAGCGACCCGUUCAUCUGCCAGGUGAGAUGCACGCCCUUGCCGUGCGGGCAGGGGAGAGUGGGGGUUGAGAGGUGUAUGUGGAGUGAAGCAGGAUGGUAUUAUGGGCAGGUGGUGCACGCCUAG